AAAUACGAUAGGAAGUUUGCGGACAGAAUGAGUCAGAUUGGGUGAACAAUGGGAGGUCACAGGCCCCGGCUAAUGUUUGUAUUCAUGUUAGAGAUAAGAUAAAUCUGACCAGUAUAUAAAGUGUAGUCCAGCAUGUGACUGGUGGAAAUAUGGAAUGAUUAGGAGAGGGUAACACUGACACCGUGCUUCUACAUAGGUCGGCAAGACAUGUCAGUGUCCACUAACUUCACGAAUACUCUGGAAAAUGCCUUCAAAAAGAUUUUCGAGGAUUACAUGAACAAAUGGCGCAACAAUGUGACAGAGGAGAACACCGAACUGCAGGACACGCUGGACGCAGAGAACUUCGACUACGUCAUCCUGUAUCUUAUGGUCAUGAUCGGGAUGUUCUCCUUCAUCAUUGUGGCCAUCUUAGUCAGCACCACCAGGUCCAAGAGGCACAAACACCUGGACGACCAGGAUCCUUACAGCAAGUACAUCGCCAAUGACUCCUCUGAGAGGAAGGGAAUGGUUUUGGAAAAUCCAAGUGCCAGAUCAUACAAUGCUCCCAUGUCGCCAUAGACGCUGGGUCAAUGAGGAAGAAGAAAGGAAUUCUAGAGUACUAGCUAGCAGCCGGCUUGUAUGCUUGGCUCCCCGCCACUGCGGGUUACACACACAUCGUCAGGAUUUAUCCCAGAUAGACGCCAGAACUGUUGCGUCUGGGUCCUGUCAUCUAUAUGCUGUGUAGAGUACUAGUGCAUGACAUCUCAGGGGGUCGCUACUGUAUCAGCUACUCCUGAUGUUAAUUACUAUAUGUAAUGACUGUAUUUCUUUAUGCCUGUCAGCCCCUGAUGAGGUCACAUGUAACAAUGUGCUGAAACGCGUUGGGCAGAGCUAGUAAUUCUAUUUAAUCAUUCAUUACCAGCAUACAAUUUAAUUAGGCUUUUGGAUCUGUGGGGCAAUCUCUACACAUGCAAUUUUAACAGCCUUGCUUGUGUCUAUCCUUAGUUACAGGGCUGACAUGUUUGCCCUGUCACCUAUUUAAACAUCCCUUUGUUUAAUCAGUGUGUUUUAAUCUAUACAUUAAAAGCUAUGUUUUAUUAGCACCUCAAGAUUUUCUCCCCCUUACUAUUUGCUUUAUGCUCUUUGGGAGUUGUCGAAAUUAGGGAGUGGACACCA